AUGCAAACUUUUUUCCUCUCACUGAUCCUCUUGUGCCUCACUAUUCCACUUCAGUCCAGAACGCUACCCUUCCAUCAAUCCCACUUUACAAAACGCUCUUUCCAUCAAAAUGAUCGCAACGUUGCCUCACCGCAAGAAUAUUUUGAAGUCACCAAGCCACUUCCCUUCGACGGCGCCCACGCAACAUGCACUCUCCCAAUCCUCACUCACAAUUUCAGCAACACUUACGGCCUUCCCCCCUUCUCCGUUCCUUACUUUCCGCCCCUGAAUUGCAUCUGGACUCACGUCACUCUCGAGAUCCAAGCCUCUUGUCAAGGGGAGCAACACGACCGCAUAGCCGCUCUCUGGCUCGGUGGAGCCGAGCUGAUCCGCACCAGCACGGCUGAGCCCACAGCUGAUGGAAUUUUCUGGACGGUUAGGAAGGACGUCACCAGGUAUUCUUCUCUUUUAUCACAGAACAACCUUACUCUCUCCGUCAUGCUUGAAAACAUCGUUAAUGAAGUCUUUACUGGCGUUUACCAAGUUAAUGUUACCUUCCUUUACUAUGAUGCUAACGCCAAAAAUGUUAAGCCUUUGUUAGCUUUGCCUUCAGAGAAUUACUGGCCUAGUAGUAGGAAAUUGAAAUCUGUGUACAACCCUUUAGAACCACUGGUGGAUUCUGAAAAGGGUUCCUUUGAUUUACUAUAUGAGAAACCAGCGGAUUUGAUCAUUCCUAUUUCAGAGGUUGGAGAUGAAGGGUAUUGGUUUAGGAUUCAGAAUGAAUCAGAUAUUCAUUCCAGAGGAGUUCGAAUUCCUCAGAAUACAUAUAGAGCUGUGGUUGAAAUUUACGUGUCAUUUCAUGGGGAUGACGAGUUUUGGUACUCUAACCCUCCUGAUUCAUACUUAAAGGUGGCAAAUGAUGAUGAGGCUCAGCAUGUGAAUCCUUCUGAUUCAUAUGCAAACAUGAAUAAGGUGACUAUGGGGCGAGGCCACGGUGCUUACCGUGAAGUUUUGGUGAUGAUUGAUGGGAAUCUUGUUGGAUCAGUGGUACCUUUUCCGGUGAUAUUCACUGGUGGAAUUAAUCCCUUAUUUUGGGAGCCAGUGGUUUCCAUUGGAGCAUUUGAUCUUCCUUCAUAUGAUGCAGAGUUGACACCCUAUUUAGGCUUGCUUCUCGACGGGAAGGUGCAUUCUUUUUCGCUUCGAGUGGCCGAUGGUAUUUCAUUUUGGCUUGUGGAUGCAAAUUUGCAUCUCUGGUUGGAUGCUGGUUCAGAGGAGGUUCUGGCUGGAAUUGCUUUUAGUUCUCCCGAGUUUUCUUUAGAGCGUGAAUUGAAGUUUGCUGGGCUUGAUGGAAAGUUUCAAAUCGAGGCAGAGAGGGAGACUAAGAUUUGUGGCUGGGUGAGCUCAACUGCUGGCAAUUUUACUACCUCAGUUUCGCAAAAGUUGAAGUUCAAGAACUCUAUAAAGUUUUAUAACAAUGGCACUCGGAAAUUGGUUAAGCAGAAAGUGAAGGACAAGAUUGAAGUGAGGAUUGAAUCUGGUACCGGUCACAGGAUUCUCCAUACAAAGACUAAAAGAACUUAUCCGCUAAAAAUUACCACUGAAACACUUCCUGGGGGAAAUAAUACUUAUUCGAUGAUCGCUAGAGUGAAAAAUUCGGUGAAGGAGAAGAAGACUGUGGGGGGUGCUAAAAGCACUUUGCAAAACAGCCAGAAGUCGAGUGGGUGGAUGUCUGUCAAGGAUCAUGAAGUCCUUUCUGGUGGUGCAAGUACUGAGCAAAAUUACAGUUACGAGGAUGGGUUAGAAUGCUACUCGCGGGUAGUUGAAGCUGAAAAUGGUACUCUUCUUAAGGACGCUGCUAGAAUUCUAUGUGCAACUUCCUCUUAA